CAAAAUUUUAAAAGUCAGUUAAUUAUGCGGAGCCAAAUUGCAACGUACCUUACUGUACUAUUCACACUCUUUCUCUCAGGAAAUUGUAAGAGGAAUCGGAUUAAGACAAAGGAUGGACUCAAACCAGUAGAACCAGAAGGUUUAUAUGGAGAUUAUGCUGACACAGAAAAUGGAGGAAAUGGGUGUGAUUAUAACCCUGAAAGUGAUCUUUUUACAACUGUAUACCCAGACACUAACCCUGCCGUAAUCUGGGCUUGGAGUUUCCCAGGUGUGGUUGCAGAAACAGUUCCCAAUAAAGUUGGUUGGCCAACCUACUCAUGGAUGCCAGAUGGACAUUUAUCAACAUUAAAAGAUAGUAAGACUGGAGAGUGGAUUAUUUUCUAUCCAAAUCAUGAAAGCUUCAGAACCAUUGGGCCAGUUCCUUUACCAGACCAAAGUCGGAUAUUAAGUCCACCGCACAAAAUAGCUGGGGGAAAAUUGAACUCUGAUGCAUACAAUAACGGAGGCAUGUGGCUAAUGUCAGCUCAUCUAACGGAUUCCAAGGGAAGCAUGAUUGGAUUCUUCCACACUGAAGAUCAAUAUCCAGGAGCUGGAGGUAUGGCCUUCAAGUCCGUGGCUCUAGGAUGCAGUAAAGACUUUGGUGUCUCCUGGGUUGAAAAGGGUAGAAUAAUUACUGUAGGAGAUAAACCAGUUCAACCAACUUGGUCAGGAACAGGAGAUCAGGAUGUUAUCUGGGAUUGGAAAAAUAAAAGAUGGUACAUGGGAACCAGAAUGUCUGCAGCUAUAAACUACAACAAGAACGGUGAGAUGUCUGGCUGGAAAAAAUGGGAUGGAUCAGAGUUCUCUAGAAAUAGCUUAGUCGAUGAUAUGGAACCACUUAGGGAUUACAAUGGAAAUGUUUUACAGCCAGGUGGGAACCCCUCUCUACACUGGAACAAGUACCUGGAACUAUGGGUAAUGGUUUACCAUGGAUGGAACGGGAACAUUUAUAUCACAACAGCAAGUGAUCUUCCAUUCUUUGAAACUCCUCGAAUUCUAGUGGCAAGAAGCUCAGAUACAGAGAAAAAUUGGUAUCCAACUCUUUUAUCACGGGCACAUGGCGACCGUCUAGGUGGAAGGAGCAUGUUCUUGUAUUACCGUCUGCGCCCUCAAGGUCCGAAAGGUGGUGUUUCUUUCUUCAAGAAGACAGAACUUAAACUCUGUAGAGAUUCAGAUUGUAAUUAAAUAUUAAUUAAUAAAAAAUAUAAGCAGAAAGUUA